AUGUCUCAACCAGAUCUACCGGAUCAGCCUUCCCGAAUUGAUGAGCUCAUCAAUACCCAGGCGGGCAGAAAGUACUGGGAAAACGCCGACGCCAGCACUAAUGGCAUGCUCGGUGGUAUCCCAGCCUUUCAAGCAUUCAGCCACAUCUCACGGACCGAUAUCCAAGGCUCUCGCGCCUUUCUGGCGAGGCUAGGUAUCGGUAUCAAAGGCGAUCGUGCAGCUGUCAAGAGCGCCGUAGACGCUGGGGCAGGAAUUGGAAGAAUCACAAAAGAGUUGCUUUCUCACAUUGCCGAAGAGGUUGACGUGAUUGAGCCCAUCUCCCGGUUCACCGACCCGCUUCAAGGCACAAAAGGUGUCAGGCACAUCUUCAACGUUGGGCUGGAGGAAUGGCAACCCCUCCAAGGGAUCGAGUAUGAUCUGAUUUGGACACAGUGGUGUCUGGGUCACCUUACCGAUGCGCAAAUUGUCCAUUACCUAGAGACUUGCAAAACCGUCCUCAGACCAGAGACGGGCCUCAUUAUUGUCAAGGAAAACCUGAGCACUGCCUUGGACGACAUGUUUGACCCGGUAGAUAGCAGCGUCACAAGGCUAGAUGCCAAGUUUCUAGACCUGUUUGCGCAGGCAAAACUGAAGCUCAUAAGGACGGAGCUCCAGCGCGCCAGCCCUCUAUAUUCCAAGAGAAAGCUUCUUCCUGUGCGCAUGUAUGCUCUCAAACCGCAAUAG